CCGACCCCACCAGCCCACUUCAAAAUCAAUCAUCUCCCCCAACUAAACAUCAUCCAGAAACACAGCAAUCAUGGUCGUCAACGUCGGUAUCAACGGUUUCGGUCGUAUCGGCCGCAUUGUCUUCCGCAAUGCCAUCCAGCACGGCGAUGUCCAGGUUUUGGCCGUCAAUGACCCAUUCAUUGAGCCACACUACGCUGCGUACAUGCUCAAGUAUGACUCCACACACGGUGUUUUCAACGGCACAAUUGAGGUCGACGGCAACAAGGGUCUGAUUGUCAAUGGCAAGAGCAUCCGCUUCUACAUGGAGAGGGACCCAGCCAACAUUCCAUGGAGCGAGACCGGUGCUCACUAUAUUGUUGAGUCGACUGGUGUCUUCACCACCACUGAGAAGGCUCAGGCACACUUGAAGGGUGGCGCGAAGAAGGUUGUCAUCUCUGCACCAUCUGCUGACGCACCAAUGUUCGUCAUGGGCGUGAACAACAAGAGCUACACUUCCGACAUUCCAGUCAUCUCCAACGCCUCCUGCACAACCAACUGCUUGGCUCCUCUCGCCAAGGUCAUCCACGACAAGUUCACCAUGAUUGAGGGUCUCAUGACCACCAUCCACUCCUACACUGCAACUCAGAAGACUGUCGACGGACCAUCCGGCAAGGACUGGCGCGGUGGCCGUACCGCCGCUCAGAACAUCAUCCCAUCCUCAACUGGUGCUGCCAAGGCUGUCGGCAAGGUCAUUCCAGAGCUCAACGGCAAGCUUACUGGCAUGUCCAUGCGUGUGCCAACCUCCAACGUCUCCGUUGUUGACCUGACUUGCCGCAUUGAGAAGGGAGCUACCUACGAGGAGAUUACACAGGCGCUCAAGGAUGCCGCAGCUGGCGAGCUUAAGGGCAUCCUUGACUACACUGACGACGACAUCGUCUCCAGCGACAUGAACGGCAACCCACACAGCUCCAUCGUCGAUGGCAAGGCCGGCAUUGCCCUCAACAAGAACUUCGUCAAGCUCGUCUCUUGGUACGACAACGAGUGGGGUUACUCCCGCCGUGUCGUUGAUCUCUUGGCCUACAUUGCCAAGGUUGAUGGCAACGCAUAAGCGAAUGGAAAUGAUGGCGAAAAGCACACCUACUUUCAGGAAGCCAGAGUCCCAACCCUACUUUCGGCAUGCGGUUUGACGUAUCAUGGAUGAACGUAGCUAGCAGACCAGCAGACUAGCAGAAUGAGAGCAUGAAAUAGAAAAAAAGUUAUGAUCUCUCUUCGGAGGACAGGGAGUUUUCUC